AUGCAACGCCACCCGUCUCUCACGCUCCGUUCUUCGCAGUCUGUGUCGAAGUGCCGGAACGAGAUCGAGGAGCAAGAUCUAUCCGUGUUGUUCUCGUCGUUGGCCAAGGUCAUGAUCGAGGACAGCAUGGGUGCUGCGCGCGUGUUCAAUGUAGAUGAGACCGCGGUCAACACUACUAGGGAGCACAAGCAGGUCAUUGCUGCGAAAGAAUCUAAGAACGUCUGGCACAAGGACGUCAAGACGCACUUCCACCUCAGCUUCAUAGCGUGCGGCAGCGCAAGUGGAUUCGUUGUCCCCCCUCUCUUCACCCUUCCGGGGAAGAGU